GUUGUCAAUGGCUGUCGUGGAUGAGGUUGGUGGUGGUGGUGGGGGAUUGGUAUGUAGGUAGGUAGCUUACCUUGACGACCAUGAUGAAUGUGUGAUAUAAGAAGCUGGUAACACCGACAAACUUAGAGACAGUUGACAAUGAGGAAGCUGAGAGAAAUCAGAGCGUACUUUUUGAAGAAUGGAACAGGGCGGGAUGAAAGUUUUUAAAGGGAGUUUGUUGUGAGUAGGAGCUAGGGUUGUUGGGGCGCUGAUGGUGGUGGGGUGUUUUUAAAGUGAGGGGCCCGAGCACUGAUGCGUCCAAAAAGAAACGGCGGCCGACGUCAGGAUGGUCAGUCGUGUAGGAGGAGGAGAGCUAUCAACACACGCACACACACUCCCUCUCUCACACCCGGACGGGAGUAUCUCACUACUGCUGGCCCAGUUACAAACCAUUCUAGCUUCCCUCAUACCCGGCCGGGUACUCACCUGAUGGCAGAAUGUUUGUCUCCUUACCUCGGACAACUCUGUCUUCCUUCAAUUGUCCGUAAUCUCCCGGUAUUCUCUGUUUGUUCUGGUAGUUUAGGUAGUGGGAGUAGGAGGGGCAGAGGAAUGCUAGCAGCUGUGUAUUAUCGUCGCGCAUUCAAUAUAAGCAAGCAAUCCCCCCCGAUUUCACGGUGGGAGAAGGAUGCACCUUCUCUCCCACUCCAAUUCACACCAACCUCAACCCUCCGACUACACCGAAACGAAAAGCCACGCCAAUGGAAAAAGACACCGACCCAUAGUACUCCUCUAUGCGAGGUGACGCCGAUAGCUACUGGGCACUAUGCUACACGACCCCUCCAAUCUGCGUCAGGGAACCCCAACUCCGAAGCCGCUAUGAGAAAAAGAUUAUGAACCUGGUUGCCGUAAUACAUCGAAUUGCUUGUGGCGACGCGGGACACUCGGCGGCCGUCGCCUUCGCCUUCGCCGUCACCAUCUGCAUCUGCAUCCGCGUCUGCAUCAUACUGUAAUCCUGUCUCGGUGGGAUGGGGAUAGAUGCGUGGGUUGGCGCAGCUCUGGACAAUCAUUCGAUAGUAAACGGGAUGACAACGUCUGAUUAUGCAAGUUUUGCUUUGUGUGGUUGGCGAGCAUUCUGUGUAACGAGCACAUGCCUCUCUAUCCGCCACGCAAGCGUCAC